GCUGAAAGCUUGCUCUGAGGCAUGUGAAAGUAGGGCAUGUCAAAAAAUACAUGCAUAAGUUAUUUGAGUUUAGCCACCAUGCCCACACACCCGUUCCCCACUUGACCUUGUACAGGUAUACGAAACGUCACGAGGACAUCAGACGCAGGUGUGUCAAACUGGGGAUACUGGGAUUUAAUCAGAUCUAGAGGGGCGGCAGACCAGUAGGUUACGUCAAUUAUGAAGUGUCCCAUCGUCAUCAACAAAAAGCUUUUGCCCUACAAAGCGUACUACUUCCUGAAUUGCGCAGGCAUGUCGUCAUUAAUACCGUAUAUACCCAUAUACAUGAAGUACAUUGGCCUCACAGCUUCGGAAUCCGCAAUAAUCAUAGGAGUUAUGCCUUUUAUAUGUUUCUUCGUGACUCCAAUAUGGUGUAUGCUGGCCGAUAAAUAUCACAAACACAAGGCAGUGUUGAUUCUGUGUACAACUGUGAGUCCACUACUUCUGUCGGCUAGUUACUUUCUUCCAAGAGUACAAAACACAGAAGGACGCGUUCAGGUAUUUAUGCAAGCAAAUGAAAGGAUGCUCACCGUCAGUAAAUGCCAAUUUAUUGGACAAAAUUUGGAGAAUAAAAUCCAGUGUGACCACUCAAAUCAGGAGGAAAAUUCACUCCGUGUCACAGAGAACUGCAGGCUGUUAUGCACUAGAACUAGCGUUGACACAACAAAUGGCAACGAUCUUUAUUAUUCAAUACAUCCCAUACAACUCUGUAAAAUGAUCAAAAGAGAACGCUACAUAUAUUGCCAAGAAUUCGAAUACAAGACCAACCUUGUCGUGGAAAAUAUUUCGUUGGUGCAGACUGCUGAUACGGGUUGUCCCCGGUAUUCGGUGACAUCAUUCCACGUCUUUGGCUCUCGCUUUGAUUCAGUCAAAGCCAAUUCAUCACUCAAUUUAAAGUGUGAUCUGAUCUGCGAACAGCCCUCAGCCAAAGACAAUAAAAUCUAUGACUUAGCGACGGACCACUUUUCAAUAUUUUGCCUGUUCUUCCUCCUUUAUUUACUUUACCUGCUAUUUCACGUUCCGUGUUUUAGAAUUAUAGACGCAGUAACAUUGGUUGCGUUAACAGAUGAAGAUAUUACCAAAUGGGGUCGAACGAGAGUAUUCGGCACCGUUGGGUGGGCACUUUUUGCGUACUUCUCCGGGGAACUCAUGGACAUGGUGGGAGGACCGAAAUCGGAGUCAAAUUUUCUUCCUGCGUUCCUGCUCUACGUGACAUUUUCACUCCUAGCUGCCGUAUCUGCCUUCUUCGUUAACAUGGACAAAGACAUACACUGCGCCCAGCUACUGAAAAACCUUUCAGAUCUCUUGAAGGAUUUAGAGAUCACCAUAUUCCUAAUAAUUAUGUUAAUUUUCGGCAUGUACGCUGGGAUACUGGCAACAUUCCUAAAUUGGUAUCUUGAAGAACUCUGCGCUCCUAAAAGCCUUAUGGGACUGGCAACCGUAGUCGCAGCCGGAGCAGAGACGAUAGUGUUCUGCAUUUCAGGCUGGAUACUUUCCAAAACUGGGCACAGGCCGGUCUUUUACUUGACACUGUUUUUCUUUUCGGUUCGCUUUGCUUCCUAUUCACUUCUGGUCAACCCGUGGCACGUCCUGUUGAUAGAGCCUAUUCACGGUAUCACGUUCGGCCUCAUGAUGGCGGCAGUGACGGAGUAUACGGGCAUUAUAGCCCCGCCAGGGAUGGCGGCCACUUUACAGGGCCUGGUGGGAGGAAUACACUGGGGAAUGGGACUUGGGAUCGGAUCCCUUGUAGCUGGACAGAUUUACAACAAAUUUGGCGGAGUUGUCACGUUUCGUGGAUCUGCUGUCUCUGCGCUGGUGGUGCUGGCUAUUGUGUGGCCGUUGGAACACUUCGUGGUCCGCAAGCGCAGACCAGAUCCGACAGACAAAGAGGAGCUUAUAGAGGAAGAAGAAGAUAAUUAUACUACCUUGAAGCAGCCUAUGCUGACUAGUUUGGAUUCUGCGUAUACAAAUUGACUAUGGCUUUUUUCUUUCUUUUUCCUGUUUUUUGUUUAAGAGUUGGGUAAAUGAGGUGAUCUUAGAUGCGAACAGGUAAAAAAAAAGUCAUUAAUUUUAUUAUUAAUUUAAAUUUUAAAUUUUCCAUUGUGUUAAUUCUUUUUUUUUUUUUUUGCUAGUACACAGCAGUCCUUUUUAUGCACGACUCAUAGCACGUUGAAGUUUUGGAGAGGGUCUGUAAAAGAUAGAUUUCUGAAUUCAGAUGACUUUGUAAACUUUUUCAGUUGAUAGUUAUCGACAGUUAUCCCUAACAUUAAACCCCUAACUCAACAUAAUUCUACGGUAUUGGGAUGGAUUCCUUGGAUCAUAUAGAUUAUCUACGCUGUGAUACAUGUGUACUUAUGUAAAGGUGGAGGGGAGGGGGAGGUCCUUGCUUUCGUCAAAAAACUGCGAUUUAUUCGUCCUGUAUUCACAUAUCUAUGUUGCUUCAAGAAUAAAGAAAU